GAAGGAAGAAGAAGAAGAAGAAGAAGAAGAAGAAGAAGAAAAAUGACACCUUUGAUCGUUCUUAUAGUUAUCGCUGGUGUAGCCUCUGGUGCACCAAGUGGAAUCGUAGGACCUAGUACAGCUGUGAUUGGUCCUCAUAAAGGAUCAGUAGCUGUCGCUGGUUCAGUCAGUGGACCCGUUGCCGUAAGUGGUGCAGUCGCUGGAUCUGCUGUAAUAUCUGGAUCAGUUGCUGGACCGUCUGCGGUAAUUGGCUCCGUCGCUGGUCCAACUCUUGUCUCUGAACCAUCUCUAGGUUUGAGUGCUCUAGUCGUAGAUAAUGGAUUGGAGCAUGGCACAGUGAUCGCAGCACCUCACGCAGCGACAGCAUCUCUUGUCAGUGUUCCGCCUGCGGGAACUACUGUAGUUGCUGGUCCGAAUGGUGGAAUCGUUUCUACGAAUGGCGUUGCCCACGGUGCUGUAAUCUCUGCUGUCAAUACGCUUCACGGAUGGUAGAAAAUUAUUCUAUAAGUGUAAAUCUCAUUGAAUAUUAUACUACGUUUUUGUACAUCUUUUUAAAAUGAUUAAAUAACCAAUAAAUAUGUAAUUUAGAAGAUAAAGAGUUAGGUGUGGACAAAUCGAUUAGAAUAAUUUAAAUAAUA